UCCAAUAAUUAGAAUUUUGAAUUGGGAUUUUGUACCACAGGGUUGAGAAUGUAUUCCAGACCAAGGACAUGAAGUUUAUGAAUGUUUCUUUACCCUGGAUGCCGGAGCGCUAUGCCAUGGUUCCUCAGCUGGUGGAGGCCCAGCUAAAGACUGAGAAGGAGGCUGCUCUCCGCUACGACACCAAGACGCCACGCUACCUUCACAUCGCCAGCAACCGCACCAACCGCUGGGGCCACCAACGCUCCUACCGCCUCCAGGUGGUCAGCUUCACCGGUGACAGCCUUCCAGAGACGGAGCCAGAGGAGAAGUCCAUGUCUUGGGCUAGGUAUAAAGUGGCCAUCACUAAGCACAAAGACUCCGAGCAGACCAGCAGUAGCCUGUACAGUCAGAACAACAUGUGGACACCAGCAGUGGACUUCAGCAAGUACAUUGAGGAUGACGAGAGCAUUGAGAACCAGGACCUGGUUGCCUGGGUAACCACAGGCUUCCUCCACAUUCCCCAUGCUGAGGACAUCCCCAACACAGUUACCGUUGGAAAUGGAGGCGGAGUGAUCCUGAGACCACAUAACUACUUUGAUGAGGACCCGUCUAUUCACUCUCCAGACGGGGUGUACAUCAGCCCAGGGUCAGAGGGAAACUGUGAAAAUAACAAGAUGGCCUGCUUGGCUGAAGACGCAUGCACCCCAACCAUUGAACCCUUCACCUACAAUGGGUUUGAAGGGACCAUGAAGUUUGAAGAGUGAAAAAAAAAUCCCAAUCCUGAGUGUGCUCUGCGCUAAACACUAAAAGACUUAUGAAAAUGUGAAUCUUGCCCAAGACAACAUUUGAAAUAAUUAAGAAACAAUAUUGGAUUUCUAAUUUGACAUGGACUCUACAAGUUGUCAAAAGAGUUUCACAGGGAUGCUGGCCCAAAUUGACUCCAAUGCUUCCAGUUGUGUCAAGUUGGCUGGAUGUCUUUUGGGUGGUGGACCAUUCUUGAUACACACGGGAAACUGUUGAGUGGGAAAAACCCAGCGGCGUUGCCAUUCUUGACACACUCAAACCAGUGUGCCUGGCACCUACUAUCAUACCCUGUUCAAAGGCACUUAAAUCUUUUGUCUUGCCCAUUCACCCUCUAAAUGGUACACUCACUGUAUAUAUUCAACUCAAUACAGUAUAGGUUUAUAUCUACUCAUUUGCAUACUUUAUCACUGCACUGAGGCUUUUUAAUUCACUUUCGUCUGACCACUCUCUGUAUGAGGAGGAAGAUGUAACUCUCCGUUGAUUGUUUAUGUUUUUACCUUACACAUAAUAAAUAAUCUGUCUAGUUGUCUCUCCAAAUAAAAAUAUUUGUUUAAAAUGG